GGCCGGAGCUGGCACCGAGGAGCGGCGGCCGCGGCGGCAUCGCGGCCGGUCACGCAGCCGGACGCUGCGUCCCCUCGGAGAGGGCCCGCGGCGCGCCCAGCAGCCGGGGCUGUUCCGGACGGCCCGCGGCGCGCGCGAUCCCCGAGGGCGGGCGUGUCCGCGCCGGGCGGCGGAGCGGGCGCGGGGCCGCCGCCUGUUGGAGCGCGGGGAGCCCCCGGUGCCCGGCGCAGCGCAGUUUGCUGCAACUCCCGCCUGCGCCCGCGCCUUCUCCCCGACCACCUGCAGCAGAAAGGAGUGUCAUGCAAAAGGAACAGAAAAACAGACGAUGCCCCCGUUGGUGAAGGGAAUUUGCUUUGCCGGUUGGCGGGUACUUCGUGACUGCAAGAGAAGUCCCUAGAUGACGGAAGAGAUUAGAUUUUUGUAAUGGUCCAGAUGAAGCCGAUAAAAGAAGACUCGAGAACGCCUUCUCUGAGUCUUGAUGGGCUGAUGUGUAAGUAAGCCUGAAAGAGACAGAUUGGAAAUGAGAAGAGGCAUUUUGACUUUUUGUUUGUUUUUAAACCACGUAGGACUUUAAACACCUGUUGAGGAUGUUUUUCUCCCCAAAGCGCAAGAAGGACAAUUUCUCAAAACAAGAAGUCUAAAACGUUAAGAGGAAUACCGACUGUUUCCUUCCAAGAAUCUCAAUACUUCAUCUACUUCUCCGGCAAACCCAGGCAUCAUUCACGCCCCGUGUUUUACCACCUAUGAUGGUUCUGUUCUAACUUUUUAAUUUGGAUUUUUGGAAUGCAUUUUUUUUUAAAAAAAAGAGGGAAGGAGUAUUUUGAGUCUUCACGUUAAGACAAGUGUUCACAAAGGAAAUAAAUUCUUAUUGUAUUGGGUGUUGGACUGUAUCACUGUUUUGCUGAUGUGGAAAAUUCAAGCUUUUAACAUUCCCUGAAGUUUAAUUAGAAGCAAAGCUAUCUCGGCACAGAUAAAGCAUGUGAGAUUUCGGCUUCUGGCAGCCUCCCCUGUUUCGCAUGUGCUGAAUGAAUGUCAGCUGGAUUUCCCCGCAUAUCACAUUGACUUCUAUGUAAUAUUGGGGCCUUACGUGUCUGUUUUGUACUCAGCAGAUGGGAAGUCCAUGGAGCACUGUGUUUGACAUGUAUGCCUAAGGAAAGAGUUUUUCUGAUGGAUCAUGGCGCUGAUGUUUACAGGACAUUUCUUGUUUUUAACAUUAGUGAUGUUUGCUUUCUCCACUUUUGAGGAAUCGGUGAGCAAUUUCUCAGACUGGGCAGUCUUCGCAGAGGAUAUGGAUCAGUUUAAGACACAGAAAGUGCGAGAUUUCAGACCCAGCCAAAAGCUGAAGAAAAGUACGCUUCAUCCAAGUUUGUAUUUUGAUGCUGGAGAGAUCCAGGCCCUGCGACAAAAGUCUCGCACCAGCCAUUUGCAUCUCUUUAGAGCCCUCAGAAGUGCAGUGACAGCUAUGCUAUCCAAUCCCACCUACUACCUACCUCCACCCAAGCACGCUGAUUUUGCUGCCAAGUGGAAUGAAAUUUAUGGUAACAAUCUGCCUCCGUUAGCACUGUACUGUUUGCUGUGCCCGGAAGACAAAGUCGCCUUUGACUUUGUCUUGGAAUAUAUGGACAGGAUGGUCAGCUACAAGGACUGGCUGGUCGAGAACGCACCCGGAGAUGAAGUACCCAUUGGCCACUCCUUAACAGGUUUUGCCACGGCUUUUGAUUUUUUAUGUAACUUGUUAGAUGACCACCGAAGACAAAGAUACCUGGACAAAAUCGUGGUUAUCACUGAGGAGAUGUAUGAGUAUUCCAAGGUCCGCUCUUGGGGUAAACAGCUUCUCCAUAACCACCAAGCCACUAAUAUGAUCGCGUUACUCACUGGGGCCUUGGUGAUUGGGAUAGAUAAAGGACCCGAAGUGAAUGUAUGGAAACAGGUCGUAGUAGAUGUGAUGGAAAAGACAAUGUUUCUUUUGAAUCAUAUUGUGGAUGGUUCUUUGGAUGAAGGUGUGGCUUACGGAAGCUACACAGCUAAAUCAGUCACACAGUAUGUUUUUCUAGCCCAGCGCCAUUUUAAUAUCAACAACUUGGACAAUAACUGGUUAAGAAUGCACUUUUGGUUCUAUUACGCCACCCUUUUGCCUGGCUUCCAAAGAACUGUGGGCAUCGCAGAUUCCAACUAUAAUUGGUUUUAUGGCCCAGAGAGUCAGUUGGUUUUCUUGGAUAGAUUCAUCUUAAGGAACGGAGCUGGAAACUGGUUAGCCCAGCAAAUCAGAAAGCACCGGCCGAAAGAUGGACCAAUGGUCCCUUCGACCGCUCAGAGGUGGAGCACUCUUCACACGGAGUACAUCUGGUAUGAUCCCCAACUCACCCCACAGCCUCCUGCUGAAUAUGGCACUGCAAAAAUGCACGUGUUCCCUAACUGGGGCGUGGUCACCUAUGGCGCUGGCCUGCCGAACACACAGACAAAUACCUUCAUGUCUUUUAAGUCCGGGAAGCUCGGAGGGCGAGCUGUGUACGACAUAGUUCACUUCCAGCCAUACUCCUGGAUCGAUGGGUGGAGAAGCUUCAACCCGGGCCACGAGCAUCCAGAUCAGAAUUCGUUUACGUUUGCCCCCAACGGGCAAGUGUUUGUUUCCGAAGCUCUCUAUGGACCCAAGCUCAGUCACCUGAACAACGUGCUGGUCUUCGCCCCGUCUCCCACAAGCCAGUGUAACAAACCCUGGGAGGGCCAGCUGGGAGAGUGUGCACAGUGGCUCAAGUGGACGGGCGAGGAGGUCGGUGAUGCAGCUGGAGACAUCAUCACUGCCUCCGAACAGGGGGAGAUGGUGUUUGUGAGCGGGGAGGCCGUGUCUGCGUACUCUUCAGCCAUGAAGCUGAGAAGUGUGUAUCGGGCACUGCUUCUCCUAAACUCUCAAACUUUGCUCGUGGUCGAUCAUGUGGAGAAGCAACGUGAUUCCCCGCUGAAAUCCGUCAGUGCCUUCUUUCAUAAUCUGGAUAUUGAUUUUAAGUACAUUCCCUAUAAGUUUAUGAACAGGUAUAACGGUGCCAUGAUGGACGUGUGGGACGCACACUACAAAAUGUUUUGGUUUGAUCACCGUGGCGACAGCCCCGUAGCGAGUAUACAGGAAGCAGAGCAAGCUGCUGAAUUUAAGAAGCGGUGGACACAGUUUGUCAACGUCACAUUUCACCUGGACUCUAGCAUGACUCGGAUUGCCUAUGUCUUUCACGGGCCCUACGUCAAUGUGUCUGGCUGCAGGUUCCUUGAUCAUUCGACUUCUGGGCUUCAGAUUUCUCUCAAUGUCAACAAUACUGAGCAUGUUGUUUCGAUUGUAACUGACUAUCAGAACCUGAAGACGAGGUUCGAUUACCUGGGGUUUGGAGGCUUUGCCAGCGUGGCCGAUCAGGGUCAGAUAACCAGAUUUGGUUUGGGCACUCAAGCAAUUGUGAAGCCCAUCCAACGUGACAGAGUCAUUUUCCCCUUUGGUUUUAAAUUUAACAUAGCAGUUGGGUUGAUUUUGUGCAUCAGUUUGGUGAUUUUGACUUUCCAGUGGCGGUUUUACCUUUCUUUUAGAAAGCUGAUGCGCUGGAUAUUAAUCCUCGUCGUUGCCUUGUGGUUCAUCGAGCUGCUGGACGUGUGGAGCACUUGCACUCAGCCCAUCUGUGCCAAAUGGGCAAGGACCACGGAGGAGGAGGCCCGCACAAAGGCUCUCCAGCCCGGGGGCCACCACGGCGAGCUCCCUGAUGUGGUCAUCGCCUCACUUCCGGGCUCGGGGGCUGAAAUUCUCAAACAGCUGUUUUUCAACAGUAGUGACUUCCUCUACAUCAGGGUCCCAACGGCCUACAUUGAUCUCCCGGAGACGGAGCUGGACAUCGACUCCUUUGUGGAUGCUUGCGAGUGGAAGGUGGCAGAGAUCCGCAGCGUGCAGUUUCGCUUACUGCGGGGGUGGCUGCAGUCCUUGGUCCACGACACCAAACUCCAUUUGCAAAACAUCCAUCUGCACGAGCCCAGUCGAGGGAGACUGGCCCAAUACUCCGCCACGAACAAGGACAGAAAAAGAAAAGUGAAAAGGAGAGAGUCUCUGCCAGAACAAAGAAGUCGGAUGAAAGGCGCCUUUGACAGAGACGCUGAAUACAUCAGGGCUUUGAGGAGACACCUGGUCUUUUACCCAAGCGCCCGCCCUGUGCUCAGUCUCAGCAGCGGAAGCUGGACCUUAAAGCUGCGUUUCUUCCAGGAAGUCUUGGGGGCUUCCAUGAGGGCAUUGUACGUAGUCAGGGACCCGCGUGCGUGGGUUUAUUCAAUGCUGUACAGUAGCAGGCCGAGUCUGUACUCUUUGAAGAAUGUACCAGAGCACUUAGCGAAAUUGUUUAAAAUAGAGGGAAGGAAAGGCAAGUGCAACCUAAAUGCGGGCUAUGCAUUUGAGUAUGAUGCAUUGAGGGAAGAAUUAUCGAAACCUAAAUCAAAUGCCGUCUCCCUAUUGGCUCAUUUGUGGCUGGCGAAUACAGCAGCCGCCCUGAGAAUCAAUGCAGAUUUGCUGCCCGCCAGCUACCAGCUGAUCAAGUUUGAAGAUAUUGUGCAUUUUCCUCAGAAAACCACUGAAAAGAUUUUUGCCUUUCUUGGCAUUCCUUUGUCUCCUGCUAGUUUAAACCAAAUAUUGUUUGCCACCUCCACGAACCUUUUCUAUCUUCCGUAUGAAGGGGAAAUAUCACCAACUAAUACUAAUGUUUGGAAGCAGAAUUUGCCUAGAGAGGAAAUGAAAGUGAUUGAGAACAUCUGUGGGACUCUCAUGGAGCGUCUAGGCUACCCAAAACUUAUGGACUAAGUUGCUGCAGGUCAGCGGGAAUUUGCACUAAUUUCCAACCCAGUUGUGGAUGUGAAUUAGAAGAGGUGGUUUAUUCUUGUAUUGUUUCUGUGUGUGUGUGUGUGUGUGUGUGUGUGUGUGUGUGAGAGAGAGAGAGAGAGAGAGAGAGAGAGAGAGAGAGAUGUAAAGAGAUUAUUUUAAAGUAAAAUUACCCUAUUUGGUCCAACAGAAAUGAUUUUUUUUUAAAUGUCUGGACAUCCCUUGCCUUUGUUUCUGCUACAAUGUUUCUGUUCCAGUGUUUCCCUUGCAGCAGGUGCAGAUGAAAUUCAACCAUGAAGACUGGGGGGCUGGAGGGAUGGGAGGGUUGGGAAGGUUUUCCUUUCACUCUUCUUCCUCUGUCACUGCUGAACCUCAAAUACUGCCUUAGGUCUUGGGGUUGCUAUUUGGCCUAUGCCCCACUCGCUUUCAGAAGGGACUGAUGUUGUCAAAUGGACUUAUCUUUUGUCAAAAGCCUUCUGACAUGUUUUUCUUGUACACACACACACACAAACACAAACACACACACACAGAAUUCUUUUUAAUGUGUAAUACCGUCAGCGGUAUCACCAAGAAAUGGUGCCAGCUCCUUUCAGAAUAGGAUUUCUUCUGCAAAGUGCAGCUGGAACUACAAAAUUUACUCAUUGCAUUAGUGUAUUUUUUUUCUUUAAGUCAAACAGUGCCCUAAAAGAUUCCUGAAAGUAUUUUACUCUGAGGUAAUAAGACAGUCUGGACACAGUGUGUGUGCCGAGGGCUGGGAGAGCAUACCUGCUGCUCCUUUUCUAUCUCUCUUCUCUCCUUCCUUCCAUCCUUGAUGUUACCGCUGUCCCCAGUCCCACUCUGCCCUCCACCUGGUUCCGCCGCUGUUGUGAAAAACAAUCAGUUCUUGCUCUAUUAAAUGCCUGAUACUUGUGAGGAUAUUUUUUUCCUGAUUAAUUUUGCAUUAAAUCUUGACCAAGACUUAGAAACAAAUAUCUUUUUGUCUGUGUGGCAUAAAUACUAUGGUGAAAAAAGACGAAAGAAAGAAGGAAAGAAAGAAAGAAAGAAAGAAAGAAAGAAAGAAAGAAAGAAAGAAAGAAAGAAAGAAAGAAAGAAAGAAAGAAAGAAAGAAAAGAGAAGGAAGGAAGAAAGAGAAAGCUAUGCUAUUGCAACCAGUAGUUUCAGCUAUUUAUCUUUCUUUACUUUAAGUCUGGCAACAGAAUUGGAAAACUGCCUGACUUCUCUCCAUCCCUUUGAAUGAGCUUAAAGUCUGCCAAGCUCUGCAGAGUGGAGGGCACUUGGGGGGUGAUGUCAGAGGCAUCUGUUUCCUUUCGCAUCUGCAUCUUAUUAUAAAUGUCGGCAUCCCAGGACGCAGAGUGUCUCAUUGGGGGAGGCUCUGGACUCAGAAUGAGAUGCCGUGAUGCGUCAGCCAGUGGCAGCGUUACCGGGUCUGGCAGGAAAGCGAUUAGGCAGUGUCGGCACGAGAAAAGAGCUGCUCUUCCGCCACCAUUUGCUGAUGUCUCCAACUGUCAUCCCCCCCCCCCCGGUUCUCUCACGCUUGGGAGUGUGUCAUUCUGACCCAGAUAAAGCCAGUCUUUCUCAGUGGUUUCUUGUUAUGUCAAAGUGCCUCCUGAGUGAGAAAGCCGUGACUGUUCCCUUCCCGUGGAGCCUAACUUGGCUGUCAUUUCUCUUCUGUUUCCGUGACGGUAGGGACCCGAGUCCCAUCUACUUUUUCCUGCAGCUCCCACUGCUCUCUCUCCUGUGUCCUAGUGAAUUAGAAGCAUGAUGGGACUGAUCCAGGGGGAGAGGGCAACCCGGGAGCUGAAUUCCUGCGUGGUUCGCCAAGAGGGUUGUUUUAUCUCUCUCCGGGUUAUCAGCAAGCAUGUCCAAUUGUCAUGGGGCUGCUCACACUUUUCCUUUUACUGAACCAACCAAGCCUCAAUACUGGUUCCCAGUUCCUGAGAUGUGUGCUGUCAAGACAGAUCAAAUAAAAAGACUGGGUUGGCAUGAGCGUUAGGUCUGACUGAGGUAAGAACGAGGAAAAUGUGUGGGUUAAGCAGGCAUGAGCUUUGGACCUUAUCCAGAAACAUCCCUGCGGGCAAAGGAGUGUGGGCUAACCCAUGUGGCUGGUGGGGGGAAUGUGGGAGAGUGAUCGUGUUCAAAGUCGGAUCGAGUCUGUGACAGCCAAAAAAGGGUACACUUUCCCAAACAAUGUACAUGGCGUAUCCUGACAUUCCUUCAGCCCCAUAACCCUGCCAGAUGCGGCACCUCAUCUCUGAACCUCCCCAGGCCCAUUCCAAGGGGGAACUUACUAGAGCAAGAAGCUUCUAAGUACAGACUCCUGUGAGUACUCCCAUGAGACCAAAACAUUCAUCAGCUCCCUGUGUCUGUCCUCAUGUUGGAACUUGACCUCUGUACCUCAGUAUAUACAGACUCUCUGCUUUGGGGGCAUUAUUGGGACAAAAUCAAUAAUAUCAACACUUCCUUUUAUGGUCUUGAAGAUAAUUAUAGGAGUGAUGAUUGCUAGGUGAUACUUCUAAGAUCAUCCUUUUCAUGCUGAAUCAUUUUUAUUUCUUUAAACUUGGGGCUCAUUAAAUGUAUUCGUACAGUAGCAACAUUUAAACCUUGAAGUUUUGGAGGUAAAUUUUGUUUGCAAAGAAACAGAUAUAGUGGUAGUAGCUGACCUAACUACCAAAAGUUUGAAGGGAUGCAAAAAUGGAUAAAAAAUAUUGGUCCCGGGCUGGAGCAAUAGCACAGUGGGUAGGUCAUUGUCUUGCAUGCGGCCGACCCGGGUUAAAUUCCCAGCAUCCCAUAUGGUCCCCUGAGCACCACUAGGGGUAAUUCCUGACUGCAGAGCCAGGAAUAACCCCUAGUGCAUGGCUGGAUGUGACCCAAAAAUAAAAAAAAAAAAUUGGUCCCCUGCCAAGACCUCAAUUUAGCCCAGGAUUUAUACCCUUUACAUAAGGCCUUGCUUUUCAGCAAGUAACCCAAGUCCAAUCUGACAUCACAUGUGCCACAGAGCAAUAUCAGGAGUGACCUCUCCUGGUUUAGCCCCAAACCCUCUGGGUGUAGCCCAAAACCCACAAAAGAGUUGAAUUUACUAUAAUGACAAUUUCAGAGAGCAUUGGGAAUGGGAAAAUCUAUCCAGAAGAAGGAAGGUAAAUUGAUGAGUACACUUCCAUUUAAUAUACAGAAACCCGAAAUAACAAUUGUUUUAAGAAGAUGGCAUAUUUAUGAGGCCCAGAUCCCAAAGUGGGCAUUUGAUUAAGUGUCUUUAGACUUGAAUGAUGAUUUGCCUCAUUAUUUAACUUUUCUUUCAUAUCUGUUAUGCAGAAGGGGGAAAAACAUAUAGAUUGACUUUAUAACCUAGCAUCUUGAAGCUCCAUGCCAAAAAAUAUUGCUUUAUUAAUAUAUGAAGAGCAACUUGGGGUUGUAGUUGGGACACAUUUAGAAUAACCUGAUUCUUCAGGUUGUUGGGUAACUGUUGGAAGUUAAUGUCGAUCCGAGGAGGCAGAUAGGGGAAGUGUUAUGUGGUGGGUUGACCUUCAGUGUUAUGGAUUGAACCACAAUUCUUGUUCUAUGGCAAGCAAACUUGACAUCUGGUCCCCCAGUUCAACUCCAGAUCACGAAGCAUGAGGACUCGGUCCUUUUUUUUACUUUCCUUCACACAGCCAUGGGACUCAAAGUAAUGGCUGCAGCCCUGUCCCCUGCUCUGUUCUCAGUGCUCUAGCCUAAGCUUCCCGAGAAGACAACCACUCAGACAUGCCGGCACGAGGAGUCUCCUGCCAGUUCCGGCCCAUUCUAAAUAGGUGCCCCUUAGAAGACUUCCGCUUUGAAAGAGGGAGAAGGAUUGAGCACGGAUCAGUUUCUGGGCAUGUUCUACAUAUGAGUAACUUUACAGCACACACGACUCUUCAGGGUCUGUAGAUUGCAGGAUAAUUGGAAACUCAUAUUCUCUCCAGAAGGAGUAUGCAGGCACUGUCAAGGGGUUCUACUGUGGACACCUCUACAUUUAUCGGUCUGAAGGGAGGAUGCAAAAAUUGGAUAAUUCUGACCUUGCCCUUUGAGGAAUAGAGAAUCUCUCCAGAGGCUUCAGGACCAAAGGAACCCACCAAGAGGAUGUAAAGAGGGUGAGGCAGAGGUGGUGCUUCCUGGGGGAAGACAGCAUGAAGGAGAAUUAUUCUGUAGUCAAGAGUUAGGGGGCGUUACAAUGACUAUUUGGGAAUGAUUUAUAUGUCAGUUAUGAUUGACAUAGCACCACUAAUUUUUUUAAAUUGGAUUUUGACUACAGUGACCAUGACAUAUUCCAUCUGUGAAUGAGUAAUUUCCAAAAGGGGAUUUAAAAAAAUUUGUUAAAGGAAAUAGAAAACAAACAAGAACUGCCUCUAGUGUAGUGCUUGCUCCCCUCCAUAUUCCUCUCACUGUACUGCAUCAUGUUUACAAAAAAGGAAAUCUGGCUUAGUAUAUGUGUUCAUGAUCAUUGCCAGGGAUGGAAAGUAUAUUGAAUCCUGUCUCUGGCUGGCCAAUGGUUGCUGCUCUUUCUCUGCCUCCUUUUUCAAGUAUCUCCAGGUCCAUAUUGCCAGACGGGGAUAUUGUAAUGAACAAACAGAAAUGAGCCCUAACUCCAUAAAGAAUCUCCCAGUAGCCUCGAAGAAACUCCGUCAUAUUCUGCAUGUCACAGUGCUGCUAACAAAAGUUUAUCCAAGUGGGAAGGAAAACUUGCCGAGUCUGUGACUUAAUGAUCAGUCUAAUAUAUUCAUCAAAGAUUCAUUAAAACAAAAAAGUUAUUUUGUGAAAUGAUUUUAUGAAAAUAAUUCUCCAAGGAAUAAAGAAGGGGGGCAGAGGGUAUAUGUGUGUGUGGGUGUGUGUGCAUGCACGGGCAUGCACACGCAAAUGUGUGUUUAGCUUUUUAAAAAAUAUUUUAAGUACUUUGAUUUACAAUGUAUUUAAUUGUAUAUAUGGUGACAGAUAUACAAUGUUCCCAAAAUACAUGCUCCACCAGAGUGUUCCCACUUGAACCUACCCCCACAAUAACCUACCAUAGUUAUCUUAGUUCUGUAGACCAGAUUGCUGGCUCUGAUGCCUUUGGCCAUUUGUUACUUCCCUUCUAUAUUUCUUUCAGAAGGAGAAAUCAGGGCUGGAGUGACAGCACAGCGGGUAGGGCAUUUGCCUUGUGUGCAGCUGACCCAGGUUCGAUUCCCAGCAUCCCAUAUGGUCCCCUGAGCAAAGCCAGGAGUUAUUCCUGAGUGCAGAGCCAGGAGUUACCCCCUGUGCAUUGCUGGGUGUGACCCAAAAGGCAAAAACAAACAAACAAAAGAAUGAGAAAUCAUUCUCAAUCUGUCCCUCUUUUUGAGUUAAUUCAGCAUGAUCAUCCUCAGAUCCAUCCAUGUAGCAGCGAACUCAUUUUUAACUAUGUCAAGUAGUAUUCCUUAUAGUCAAAGAGUGUUUCGUUGCAUAGAAAAGAUGUAAGCUUGAAACUUACAAAAACAGAAAAGUGAUUUAUAAUCUAAGCAAAUCUUUUCCAUUGUACAUUGCAAUUGCUCUAUCUAAACUGCAUUGUUCUCUCUUUACAUGAAAUGCAGUUUUUAUUUCAAGUGCAAUAAUGUGGGAUUUCUCUUAAAUAUGUUGGCUACUCAAAUGUCUUGAAUAUGUGGGAUGUUUCCAUACUUUUUCUUCCUUUAUUUCCAAAAUUGGGUUAUGCUUCAUUCUUAAUAAUGUAAAGAAUCACAUAUGUGCUACACUGAUGACAUCCAGAAUAGAGCCUCCUUGCAGGAAAUCAGAUCAACUUAGAUUGCUGUGACUUGUCUCAUUUGAUAAAAGAACUGUGUAAAACCCUUAAUCCUUGCAUUGGAAGUGGCAACUGGCACCACCCUGUGACCAAACAGAAGACCUAGCCUACCUUAUUCAUCACUUGAUAUAAAUGAUGCCCUCAGCCCUUGCACCAUAAGGAAGAAAUUAUUUGCUAUAGAUUUGUUGACAUUACAUAGGCUUUUAAAAUAUGGCUGUUUCGAUCACAUAGAGCGACCCGGAUCUGAUGCCUUAAGGAGAAUUUUACAAAAGUGUAAGAGGGUCUCAUAAGAAUGCAUAAUGCAGGGCCAGAGUGAGUGAUUGUCCAAUGGUUAGAGUCCCUGCACACGGCUGACCCAGAUUCCAUCCCUGGCACCAUAUAUGGCCCCUCUGAGCACCACCAGGUCUAAUCCAUGCGCAGACUCAGGAGUAAACCCAGUGAAUAACUGGCUGUGGCCCCAAGAAAGAAAAUAAAAUAAAAGGAUAUAUAAGACAAUAAAAUUGCUUCCAUAAGCAGAAUACCUAUGAAAAGAGUAUUUAUUUCCUUUAAAGGCUCACUUAAAUUUUCUGAGUUUCUUGAUAGAAAUUAUAGUACCAUGGAAUAUAUUAUGUGUAAUAUAUAGUGUAAUAUUAAAUUAUUAUAUAUUAUACAUAUCUAGAGAGAUAAGAGAUACUGUGAUUCUAUUAUUGUAGGUGCCCACAGUAAAGGCAGGCCCACGUAUGAUGCCCCAUGUUCCCAGUGAAAAGAUAUUAAAAGUGUUUUCAGAUAAUUUGAGUAUAUAGGUUAAUACCCAAAUACCAAAUUGAUGUAUGUCUUGGUAUAUAAUGUUAUUUGAAUUUUACAAAGAUGUAAAAUUACAAUUAUAUAAGUAAUAUAUGUUAUAAUUGCAUAAUAUAUGUUAUUUGGAAGUACUUUUUUAUAUUAAUAUUUCAAGGAACAUUUGUAUGCAAAAUUUCACUUGAACUUCAAGGUCUCUAUAACUUAUGUAACCACGUUUUGAGUUUUUCAGAGUAUAUCACAUUUCAUCCUGGGUUUUAUUGAGAUAAUAGACUUUUUUAAAUGAAAUGUAAUGCUGUUAUUUAAAAUUUUACUUCAUCUUACAAGUGCUAUUUGUACAACAUAAGCAUAACUUUAUAUUUCUAGUUUUAUUUGGAAGAUACGUAAUGUGAAGAUUGUUCUGUGACUUUUUGUGAACAUUACAUUUUUAUCCCUUUUACUUUUUUUUCACUAUUUGUUAUGAAGUGUGCGCAAAAACUGGAGUUGUCUGAGACUAUAUAUAAACAUUGUUACUCUUACAGAGUAAGUGGAAACUAGUUAGGUAGUGCAUCCACAUUGCACAUAUAUAGUGAUUCUUUGCCUCCCAACAGUGCAACUGAGUGUAUGAUGUAAAAGUAUGUAAUAGAUACAAUUUAUUUUGGUAAUUCAUGUCUUUCAUACGUAGUCAUUGGGUUAGUAACUCUAGGCUGGUUUAUCCUCUGGUUGGUGCUUUGCAAGUUUGAAUACUUUCUUUUUUACUUUUCCCCUGGCUGUCGAUUGGGACCCAGUAGCAAUUUCCAGAGUUUCCACAUUAAAUUUCCAGAGUUUCCACCCUAUGAGUAAGACGUGCAAGAGAGCAUGCGCCACUGCCCUGGGGCCACGGGCCAGAGUUCAGUGGUAGGAGAGCUCAGGACCUUGAUGGAGAGAAAUGCCUUUCCGUGACAGCUGAUUUUGGAUAUUGCUGGCCGCUCUUUGCUGUCUUCUACUGUAUGUAAGCUUACAGGCCAAUCUCAUGUUGAUCCUGCGCAUGCCCAGUCUCCCACCCGCUCUCGUCAAACUAGCUGUCGAGUGUACGCAAAACAGGGGGGACUGAGAUGGUGACGUUUAAAAGAUAGUUCACCACACUGGGAAGACCUCUAUGGUACUUAAACUUUGGGUGGCCAAAGACGGUAGGAUUAGACUUCACAUUCUUACCAAGCACAUGUGACAUAAGCUAUGUUAGCAAAAUGAACAUGCGUGGAACUGCCAAACAGCCUAAAAUGCACCAUUUGCAUUAGUAAUUAUGCCCAGAUCUGACUUAAAUAUCUCAUCUUUUAACGUCUACCAAUGAUCCCAGGAUAACAUCCACUUUGAAUCUUACAUGUUCUAUUUUCUUGCUUUCCUUUAUAGCUCCACUACAGGUGUCUUUAUCUUUAUCAACAUACUUUUAUAUCUUUGCAUGUUUUUAAACUUUGCAUAAACAGUAACAUGCAUAUAUGUGUGCAACAGCAUUUUCUUUACUCAAAAUUUUGCUUGUCUAGUAAAUGUUGGUGUUUAUAGGUGGAGAUCAUUUAUUCUCCACAAAGUAAUGUGCUUAUUACUUGAGUAUGAGCAUAGCACAUAUUAUUUUGACUUGAUAAAUUUGGGGAAUAGUUCUAAUUUUUGAAGAUUCAAAAAUGAUAAAACUGCUUAUAUGUGUUCUAUAUUGCACAUGUAUAAGGAUUUGGUUGUGUUAUAUUUAUGACCAGCACUUUUCUAAAACACCUCCUUCCCUGCAAUAUAGUAUAUCUAUCUGGGUGAAUAGCCUAUGUACAUCUUCAGUUAUUCUAUUGAUGCUAAAUUAUUAUUUUCCAGAUCACCCAUACAAAUGGUUACUCUAAGUCAUUACAGAAAAUUUUCAGUUGCUCUAGAUUUUUCUCCUGUGCUUUUCGCCUUUUCAGGCUUUUGAGUAGAUUCCUGUAUGGAAGGGUAAACCCGUGUUAUGCUCUGUGUUUUCAUUUGCAUACCAGUGACAUAGACUCUACACAGGCCUGUGGUAUAAAUACAAAUCCACACCAACUAGACCUAAUUGCCCUCCUCUGUGUUGCUCUUUUUGUAAAAUAAAAUCCAGAUUCACGUUCUCUUUUUUUUUUUUUUAUUGAUAAAUGGAAGUUGACCAUAUACUAGCAAUGCUAUUCCUUUAGUGGUCUAUGUGUUGUGAAUAACUUUUUGACUUAUAUUUUCAUGAUCUUUGUACUAUGAAUUUUGUGAUCUAUUUUGAUACUCGGUGUUCUUAAUAUAAAUGUAAGUAAAUAUGCUGUGUUCCUUUAUUAUUGAUACUUUGGGGGGGACGUCUUAUUAAUCUUAUUAAAGAAUUUUCCCCCA